AUGUCACCAUCAUCAUCGCUUCAUCCUCGUGACCAUCCUCACAACACAAGUGGUCGUGUUGGAGGUCUAUUAUCAGUUUGGGAAAAAAGAACAGAAGAAGCACAACAACAACAACUCUCCCGAUCACCUCAUCAUCACCACCAUCACUCCUCCUCCUCUUCAUUGAAAUUAUUCUCCAAAUCAUCAUCUCACUCCUCCAUCAUGUCGAUGACAAGUCAUGAAAAAUUAAAAAUUUGUGUCAUUGGAAAUCCAAAAUGUGGCAAAACAUCACUCGUAUUGUCUUAUUUGGAGAGUGAUCGAGAAUUACCACAUUCAACAUUGGAUGAAAUUACAACAAAAAUCAUUCAUCAAGGACAUGAAAUCUCUCUCACCAUUUCAGAUACCAAUGGAUCGGAUGAUUAUGAUCGAUAUCGAACUAAAAUCAUGUAUCCUCAUUCCGAUGUCUUUAUUAUUUGUUAUUCCAUAGUUUCAAGACAACACUAUGAAAAUGUGAAAUUGAAAUGGAUACCUGAAGUGAAAAUGUUAUGUCCAAAUGCAUUAAUUGUAUUGUGUGCCACUAAAUGUGAUUUGAGAGAUGAUCAUCGAUACAUUUCAAAUACUUCUCAUAUUGUUUCAAGACAUGAAGUGAAGAAAUUAUUAUUAGAUUCACAAUUAGAUCCAUCUGCCUAUGUGGAAUGUUCUGUCUUUGAUCAAGGUAUGGGUGUUAAGGAAGUAUUUGAUAAGGCCAUUCAAUUGUAUUUGAAUUCAUCAUCCAAUCAUCAUCAUCAUCAUCAUCACCUCUCGUCGUCCUCACAGGAUAAAAAGAAAAAAUAA